CUGUUUCUUCGAAACAUGGCCGAAGAUCGUUCCGUAGAGAAAUUUCGCGUGAAGUGAAAAGUCAAUAGAAAGAACCUGGCGAGUUGAGCCCGCCCGUAAUAAGGGUGAGAGACGUGUGUUUCGCGCGUUAGCGUCCACGAACGUUAUGAGCUCGAUUCACUUUGCCGUUCAUCCCCUGCCAGGGACGGACGACCAGCUCAACGACAGAUUAAGAGAAGUUGCAGAAAAAAUUAACAAAUAUGGUUUUGUUACACCACCAGCCCUUAAUGGACUUAAAGUCUCGGUUAAACGAAUUGUUGUUGGACCAUCACAUGUUGGAUUACUUAUGGACGACAAUAGAAUUUGCCGUGUUGCAUUCACAGUUCUUUAUGACAGAUUGGAUUUGCGAAAAAGUGAACCAAGUAGAAACACCAGCAAAAGUCACGUGGGAAAUUCGACCACGGCGCCCAGCAGCAGUGGGAACACAGGCGGUGGGAGCAGCGGCAGCGCUGGGGCCAGCAGCAGCAGCAGCAGCAGCCGCGCCGGUAUCUCGCGCUCGCGGGCCCGCAUAAUGCGCAGCAGCUCGGCCAUCCGGGGUGGCGGUAGCGGUGGUGGCAGUGGGAACACUGGCGCUGGGGCUACGGGCAGCAGCGGCGGUGCUGGGAGCGGCAGCGGCAGUCGGAUCGGACCGCCCGGCGUCAUCAUGAGUGGUGGCAGUGGCAGUAGCUCGAGACCUAUCGUCUCCGUACCACCGCCAUUCGUGCCGGAAGACCUCAUAUCACAAGCACAAGUAGUAUUGCAAGGCAAAAGUCGUAAUUUAAUAAUGCGCGAGCUUCAACGUACGAAUUUGGAUGUAAAUUUGGCAGUCAAUAAUUUAUUGUCAAGGGACGAUGAGGAAGGUGAUGAUGCAGAAGAUGCAGCCGAUAGUUAUGUACCAGAAGAUCUUAUAUCAUUAUUAGACGGAGGAUUUAGUAAUGAACACUCGGUUAUUAUCGAUGCCGAUUCUAUGUUUUCCGAAGAUGUUUUUGGAUAUCCAGGAAUGAGAAACCGUGGUAGUUCAUCGCGCAGACUUGGUAAUGAUCGAGACAGUGAAAGAUCGACGGAGCGUGACAGAGAUAGAGAUAGUUUCAGUCGAUGGAGAGAUCGUCAGUACUACGGUCCACGACGUUGGCUCGAAACUGCCUUGAAAGACUCUUGGGAGAAAGAUCCAGCUCAAUGUGCAUAUUUUCUAUUUAAUUUAGAUAUUAAAAAAAAGGAGCUAGCAUCUCAGUGUCCACUCUGGAUAUCCGAAGAAUUGGAGUGGUGGAACGAACGUAAUGAAUCAGCCCCUAGGUUUGUACAAAUAGCAGCCCUUUACAGCGAAUUAAUCGCAAUCUCAUCAACGGGUCAAUUGUAUCAAUGGCGAUGGUCUGAUGCCGAACCAUACAAACAUCCAGAUAAUUCUAACGUACAUCAUCCAAAAACUAUAGCAUUAAAUUUGGUGAGUGAGAAGAUAAUAAACAUAUCCGCAACGGCAAUUCGUUGCUCCGUUAGUACGGAAACCGGCAAAGUGGCAACGUGGCUUGAUGAACUCUUAGGACACGUUGCUUCGAGAUUGGAACAUCCGGCUCAAGCCUUUACCGAAUUCACGUUAGAUAAAAUUAUUUCAUUGCACACUUGUGCACUCUACACUGUUGCUCGUCUUGAAAGUGGAGCGCUUUAUUGGUGGGGUGUACUACCAUUUGCUCAAAGAAUGAAAUUAUGGGAGAAAUAUAAAGCAAAGUCGAGAAAGCACAGACCGUCAACUGCUGUAUCUGCCGACAUAACUUAUGGCAGCCACGUAUGCAUGAAAAAUAGUCCUAUAUAUCAAGCGGGAGCUAUAGGCUUUACAAUAGCCAAUGGUGUUCCAAAAGUCGUACAGCUUUUGUCGGCAGUAUGGAAUCUCGAUGCGAUCUGCCGUUUUAAAAUCUUGCCCGCUGGCAUAUUACCACCCAAUGUAGCAACGGAAAAGAGAGAGUCGAAUGGAAAUGGAUCUUCGAACAGCAGUAAUAAGACGAGUCACAAAGAAACAGCUGAUAGAAUUGAUAUGCCACCUCCACCAUCGCCUGCUUCUAGUACAUGCAGCGACACUGGCAGUAUAACAACGAGCCACAAACGUCAAAAACGCGUUGCGCCCAAGAGUGAAGGUGAACCUGAUCGGAAAGAUGAGGAAGAUUGGCAUUUAAAAGACGUUGUUUUCGUCGAAGACGUUAAGACACUUCCGAUUGGAAAAGUAAUUAAAGUUGACGGCUGCUAUGUGGCAGUUAAAUUUUUUUCAAAAGAUUCGAAGGAAAAGGAGAAAGAAACAAAGGAUAAGGAAUUUAAUAAUUCUGAUUUCAAAGACGCAACAGCUGAAGAAUCAACCAAGCUCCUCGCUGACUGUAGACUUCUCAGAAAGGAUGAAUUAGUGGUAAUAAAAUCGUCUAUGAGUUCCCGAGCUCCAGACUGUUUUCAACGUACUCCAAGACGUGUCAAUAUUGCCGAAGGUUCUAAUGAGAAUCUUCUGACAAUAGCAACGGAUGGUCAGGGUAUUCAUGCAAUUCUACGCAGUGGGAGUAAAUUAAGUUAUGUUAUUUAUAAUCUCAGCACUGGAAGAUACGUGCAGGAUUGUUACAUUCCAUCAGAUAUUUCUUCAUUUUUGGGCUUACAACCACAAAAUAUCAGCUUAACCAGUGCUGGAGAGAAUACCGAAUGUUCAAUGAUUCUUCGUGAUGGCAAUAAUACAAUUUAUCCAAUCGCAAAAGAUUGCGCAGAUGCCAUUCGAGAUCCAAAUUGGCUAGAUUUAGUACCAGUGUUUUGCAUUGGUGCAUCGACCAUACCAAUUCCAAGUAUUCCAGCAAUGAAUCUUAAAAAUCAAGUCGCUGUCAUUGCACUUGUUUUCGACACUCUUUUACUUAUGCCUCGAAUUUUGAGAUGCGAUUAUGAUGGCGUGAAACAAAUUUUCGCCAAUUUAGAACAGGAUUUAAAGGCAAAUGCUGCUCAAAUGCAAACAAUUCUCAAUGAACGUUGCGAUGGCAAUCGUAAUAUCCUUCAUGCCUGCAUCAAUAUGUGUGCUCCCACUUCCAAUAAGGAAAAUGACCAAGAACACGAAUUAGUUACAAACACAGUAGACACCAAUUCCGCUCCGAUAGAAGAACCCAUUCCUACAUUAAGUUGGCCUCCAGAAGCUUUUGACAAUACAUCGGGCGAAGAAGAUUCAUUACUUGGUAUUGGAGCCACUAGCAUCUCCAUGAUUAACAAAAGUGGAUCUGCUGCAAAUAACACCUACAUAAUUGAUUCUGUUGAAAGACGAAAUAAUGCCCUAUUAAUAUUGAAAUUUAUGUGCGAGAGUCCAGUUUUAGCUCCACAUCUAAAAGAAUUACUUUCUGCCAGAGAUGCCCAGGGUCAAACACCUUUGAUGCUGGCCGUUUCAGUCCGCGCAUACCACGCGGCCCUGAUAGUUCUCGAUACAAUCCAGCGAGUAGGAAAAGACGCGAAGGACUGUUCCUCGAUGAUUCUGCCAUCGGAUGCGAAUCUUGAUCUCUCGCCUCUCUUUGUCACAUGCUGCAACGACACGUGCAGCUUUACCUGGACGGGUGCCGAUCACAUCAAUCAGGAUAUUUUCGAAUGUCGGACCUGCGGUCUUACUGGCUCGCUAUGCUGCUGCACCGAAUGCGCGAGGGUCUGUCACAGAGGACACGACUGCAAGCUUAAGCACACUUCGCCGACGGCUUAUUGCGACUGUUGGGAGAAGUGCAAGUGUCGUGCACUGAUUGUCGGCCGACAGAGCGCCAGAUACGAUUUGCUCUGCAGACUCGUCACUAGUACAGAUCUCGCUACCAAGAUCAAUUCCAGAGGCGAGUCGAUCCUUCUGUUCCUCGUGCAAACAGUCGGUCGCCAGUCGGUAGAGCAACGUCAGUUCCGUUCGGGACCACGACAGCGCUCGACCUCGGCCAACCGGAAGAACCCCUCGUCGGACGGCAUUUGCGCGGACUCGGAUAUGCCGGAGCACGACCUCGAGCCGCCGCGAUUCAGUCGUCGAGCCCUCGAGCGUCUUCUCAACGACUGGCCGGCAGUGCAAUGCACAAUUAUGUCCGGAGUCCACGAGAGCGUUGCCGAGCAGCUGUUCGGCGACCAGGGACAGACCUGCAAGCAGAGCGGCACUGCUCUACUCGACAAAUUCACAUACUCGCUGUUGGUUAAAUGCAGCGCCGAGAUGCUCGACACGUUGCUAACGACGCUCAUAAGGGAGCUGCAGAACGAGAGCGUGCCCGGGAGGCUCGAGGAGGCCGUCGUCGUAGCGAGGAGAUUCGUUAGAUCCGUGGCGAGAAUCUUUGUCAUUUUCACAAUUGAAAUGGCACCCAAUACGACGAAAAGGCGCAGUGCCAGCCAAGCGUCGCAGCCAUUGAUGAAAUGCCGACGGAUAUUCCAAGCGCUGAUCAAGCUAGCGGUCGAGGAGCUUUGCGAAACCGCCGAUUCCCUUAUAGCACCGGUUCGCUUGGGCGUUGCUCGACCAACCGCACCCUUUAGCCUCACGAGCUCCGCCAUCGAAGUAAUCAAUGGCUCGGAGGAGUUAUUUUCGAUCGAGCCCCUUAUACCUCACAGUGGCGUCAACUCGCAAAGCUUGGAUUCCACGCUACAGGCGCAGCAAGGAAAUAACAACAUAACGAUUAACCGAGAUGUUUCAACAAUGGACGAGACCGAACCAGGUGAAGAAGUACCGAUGGAUCUCGAUGGUGACAUUAGCGAACACGAAGAGUCAUCUGCAGUGGUUAGUACGCAGCCUCUUGGUGAGGUGGACAGUGGCGCUGGGGGCACGGGCGAGGAGCCGGCUGGCGAUGGUGAAUCCGACACCGAGCUCGACUUGCUCGUUGAGGCGGAAACCGAGUCCGAUUCGGAUGACAAUCACAGUAAUCAGGAUGCGGCCUCGGCUCAGCGCAGUGUUCAAACGGGCGCGACCGCUGGCUCGGACGGUGGCAUGAACUCGAUAUUACUGUAUCCGGAGGACGAAUCCGGCGAGUCCAGCCAGCAAGAAGACGACGAGAGCGAGGCGGGAGAAACCGACGAGCAAGAUACGGAAGAGUUUCAAAUCGGCGACGAGCAGCUUGAACGACGGAGUGGCUCGACCGGGCAAUCGCAUCGCAAUAAUCUGGCACCAGUCUCGAUGCAGUGGGCUAUUCGUAACAGAGAGUCGAGCACGCGAACGUCGGGCUUGAGAGUGACAGGAGGUAGCAAUUUGGUAUUCAUUGAUCCAUCGUCGCUUAGACGCUCGACAGCGACGUCGGCUGUACCCGCGGCUCAAGAGCCAAUAACUAUGGGCACGACCGCAAGCUGCUUAGCCAGAGCCUUUGGCAUUGUCAUUCGACAGAUUGCCGAUCUGCUGACGAUGAUGCAGGACUACAAAAUGGUAGCUCCAUCAUUGCCAAGGACGUUGGAAGUGACUUUUUUGGACGCCAUUGGCUUACAGAUGUACUUGGAGGCACACUUGAAGCCAACCUGGGACUGGCUGCUAACGGUAAUGGACGCUACCGAAGCUCAAUUACGAUUCGGCGUUUCGUUGACGCGUAGUGCUGAUCCAACGCACCCGGAGCAUCCUCUCAAUAGCGCGCCCACCUUGUCCGGUGGCAAUUUUACAGGCUUGUUGAACUCGGCGGCCUUGUCACUGUCUCUGCAGGGUACUUCGGGCAGAAACGCGCGCACCGGUAUAACAGCAACGUCCAAUAUUUCCACGUCGCAAAACUCGACGCGAGUCACAGUUGGUUUUACAGGAGUUAGCGAAGCUUCACGCACCAAUCGAGAACGCGUCGAGGCACCAUCUGCCAGGCGUGAAUUCUUGUCUUAUUGUUUGUCGCUCAUGCGUGCUCACAACGGCGAGCACAGAGACAGUUUACCAGUACUUGAUGUCUCGGCACUUCGACACGUCGCAUACGUAUUCGAUGCCCUCGUGUAUUACAUGAGAUCGUUAUCAGAACCGCUUUCGUCGAGGGGUGACACACAAAAGGAAACAUCCGAUCCAGCAUGGAAUGAUCAAGACGAGAACGAUAAUGAGGAAGCUGAGGAAGACAGUUUGAAUACCGCUACGACAAUGGAGACAGACUCGGUAGACUACCCGGAUCUCUUGAAUAUACCGUGCGCCUCGAGUAGUAACAGCGCCGGGAACACGACCAGCGGCAGCAUAGCCAAGGGACGAAAGCACCCAUUCCUUCAACGCUCGGACUCGACGCUCUGCCUCGGCUGUCCGCCCCUUGACCCCUUCGACACCGCAUUGUCCGAGGCGUUGCCGCUCGCUGACCAGCCGCACCUUUUGCAGCCACACUCGAGACGCGAGGACCUAUUUGGCGUGCCCCGACAGACGUCGACCGGCACCACGACCAGCUUCGAAGGUUUACCCACGAGGCUCGGACUCUCGGCCAGGAAUGUCGAGGGCCAACUCAACUCGUCCACCCUAAUCCUCGGUCAUGCUCUCGAGCAGAUUGCACGAAAUCACGGACCGUCUGCGGGCAACGUUAAUACGAGGCAUGGAGGUGGCGGAGAGCCAGGGCCCAGUAAAUUAAGCGAGAAGCCAAAAUUAUUUAACCAGCCAACCGAGCCAGCUCAGGCAACCAUAGCAGUUGUCGAGCAGCAAACCGAUCGAGCCCCUAUAAUUGUUUCGCCAAAUAAUCAAUCCAUGGAUAUUGAGACAAACAGCAAUAGUAACAACAGCCCUCCAAAGUCUUCAGCCAGCGGUAACAGCAGCACUAACGGCAAUAGUAGUAGUAGUAACAACGGUAAAGAUAUUUUAUGUAAGGUCGAGCGCAGUGUCAUAGUCCGUGCUGGAAGUAGCAAUAGCAAUAGCAGUACGUGCGCCACAGAGUCUCCGAAUAAUGUAAAUAAACAGUCGAACGUCAUCAGCCCAGAGGUGCUGGUAGCUGGUGUACAAGGUGAGGCGCAGACGGUCGGUGCGAACGAGGAAGUCGUGGAUCUUGCAAGCACGGUAUCGGCCCAGGAGAUAUCGGCACACGAAACGGUUGAAACGAGCCAGGCACCGGCAGAACCAGUCGUCAUACCGCCAACACCCGCGAGAGCGCACGUCUCGAACAUAGGAACCAAGAUCUCGCAUAACAUUCUAUUGGGAAGGUGGAGGCUAUCCUUAGAUUUAUUUGGUAGGGUUUUCAUGGAGGAUGUGGGCUUGGAGGCUGGAAGUAUAGUAUCGGAAUUGGGCGGAUUCCCGGUAAAAGAAGCAAAAUUCCGGAGAGACAUGGAGAAGCUAAGAAAUUCACAACAAAAGGAUAUCACGUUAUCGAAAGUGGAACGUGACAGAACACAGCUUCUUGUCCAAACGAUGAAAGAAUUAAAUACACAGUAUAACCUUUAUAAUAGGAGAGCGUCUAAUACACCGCCCUUAGCAGUGAGUCGUGUAAAAGUCACAUUCAAGGAUGAACCGGGGGAAGGUUCGGGUGUGGCACGUAGUUUUUAUACUGCAAUAGCAGAGGCAAUUUUAGCCAAUGAAAAAUUACCAAAUCUUGAGGCAGCACAAGUAGGAUCAAAAUAUGCGCAGUAUAAUGUGCUACAAAAGUUAAAAAUCAAAGAUCGCGAUCGGGAUCUUCGAAGACAAAAUCCUCGUUCAUCCGGAAAGUGCAGAGAAUCUCGUCGAGCUUUAUCCGUCGAAGCUCGUCUCUUCCAACCCUCCACUUCAUUAAAGGCUCGUUUAUUUCAUCCCUCCACGCUACUCGAAGGCUCAACCUCCAACCCCGGCAAUUCCUCAUCCGCGGCCGACCCGCCAUCUUUCGGACAUGCCAACAAUGAUCACCUGACGAUGCAUCAGCAGCAGCUCGGUGAUCGUCUUUAUCCAAAAGUCUACGCUUUGCAGCCGAUGCACUCCGAAAAGAUCACGGGUAUGCUACUUGAAAUGAAUCCUGCACAGUUGUUAAUGCUCCUUGCGUCCGAGGAGUCAUUGAGGCAGAAGGUCGAGGAAGCCUUUGAGCUUAUUCUCAGUCACAAUCAAGGUCUUGCUAGUGAGGCUCUACUUGAUCUUGAUGUUUUCAAUCUGACCGAACGCUGCGGUGCUAACAAGAAAAAGCAAUUAGAGAGCUCGAUUGCAGAUGAUACGGAGGAUAACGCUCCAUUAUUUUACGCACCGGGAAAGCGUGGAUUUUACACGCCAAGGCAGGGGAGAGCAAGUUACGAAAGACUUAAUGCCUUCAGGAAUGUCGGACGACUCAUUGGACUCUGUUUGCAGCAAAACGAGUUGUGUCCUAUAUUCUUGAAUCGGCAUGUAUUGAAAUACAUAUUAGCGAGGCCAAUAAGGUUCCACGAUCUUGCAUUUUUCGACUCGGUUAUAUACGAAAGUUUGCGGCAGCUCGUCGUCGAUGCCGAGAUUACGAACAGCAGCAAUUUGUUCCAUUUAGAGCUUACCUUUAGUAUUGACCUGUGUCCGGAGGAAGGUGGCGGCUCGAUAGAAUUAGUGCCCAACGGUCGGGAUGUCGAGGUAACAGCCGCCAAUCUCUACGAUUAUGUACGAAAGUACGCAGAAGUGCGGAUGAUCAAGGUUCAGGAGAAGGCGUUAGAGGCGAUACGCGAAGGUGUGUUCGAUGUUUUACCGGAAGGCGCACUCGAUGGACUUACCGCUGAGGAUCUGAGACUGUUGCUGAACGGAGUUGGCGACAUCAAUGUAUCUGUGCUCAUUUCGUAUACGUCAUUUAACGACGAGUCCGGAGAAUCGACAGACAGACUCGUCAAGUUCAAACGUUGGCUUUGGUCCAUCGUUGAGAAGAUGUCGCACGUCGAGAGACAAGAUUUGGUAUACUUCUGGACAGGCUCUCCGGCCUUACCAGCAAGCGAGGACGGCUUCCAACCGAUGCCAAGUGUCACCAUCCGACCUGUCGAUGAUGCUCAUCUUCCAACGGCCAAUACCUGCAUAUCGCGUCUCUAUGUUCCCCUGUACAGCUCGCGUCAUGUUCUGCGUCACAAGCUCCUGCUCGCCAUCAAAACGAAAAACUUCGGCUUCGUUUGAAGAGAUGAAGCGAUUGUAAUCGCUUUCUCGGCCCAGUCACCUACACUUCCCAUAUUACUCCCUUCAUACGAAAUAACGGGAAACUUGAAAAUUUUCAAUUUCAAUUUUAAUCGAUAGGCAUUGUUUUUAAAAUUGAGUUAUUUAU